CGCGAACGGCUUCUGGGCGGGGCCGGUCCCUCGGACGAUUGGACCUAGCUUGGCGCGGAAUCCGUGAAUUGCCCGCAGCCCGAGGGUGCAGCUCCCGGACUGACUGGCUCUGCCCUUCCCCAUGGACGCCUCCUCUAGCCCGUGGAAUCCAACCCCGGCUCCUGUCAGCAGCCCUCCCCUGCUGCUCCCCAUCCCUGCCAUCGUCUUCAUCGCUGUGGGCAUCUAUUUGUUGCUGCUGGGUCUAGUCCUGCUGACUAGGAACUGCCUGCUGGCCCAGGGCUGCUGCGCGGACGGUAGCUCCCCCUGCAGGAAGCAAGGUUCCUCCGGGCCCCCAGACUGCUGCUGGACCUGUGCAGAAGCCUGCAACUUUCCUCUGCCUAGCCCGGCCCACUUCCUGGAUGCCUGCUGCCCCCAGCCCACCAGAGCUGACUGGGCACCUCGCUGCCCCCGCUGCUGCCCACUCUGCGACUGUGCCUGUACGUGCCAGCUCCCCGACUGCCAGAGCCUCAACUGUCUCUGCUUCGAGAUCAAGCUCCGAUGA